AUGCCUUCUUCCGUUGUCAACCUGUUGACCUUGAUCAACGUCGGGCCUCUGACCACCACUUUCACCGCCCCAGAAUCUUGUGCGACCAGCGACUUUGGCUUGAAAGGUGCUGCUCCUUCUGGUCUUCCGGCAUGGCCAUGGGCUGUUGUAGGCGAAUGCCGCAACGAGACAGGACCCCGUGACAACGAAUGUCUGCCGCUUGGCGAAAAGUGGGAUGAACUCUGGACAUCGCUCUCCAGUGCAGCGGCCGAACCAACGCCAACCGCCGAGGCAAGACUGCCCAUCUUUUACAACUCGCCCGGCUACCACUGUCCUUCGGGGUGGGAGACGGCUGGCGUGGCGGCUGCCCUCAACGGCUCGGCCAGCGUCACCGGCGCGUUUGCUCCGGCGUUCACGGAGUUCGGUGAGCCGGAGGGCGCCAUGCCGCCGGGCAACUUUCUCGCCAACCAAAUCACGUCCGCCCUUGAGCCGCGGGAGACGGCUAUCAUCUGCUGCCCCAGCGGUCACACGAUGAACCUGCAGAUGGAUACGUGCCACACCAGCUUCCCCGUCUCCGAGCUCGCUGGCUCGACCGGCUGCGUGACAAGCUCUACACCCCUCGCCUCGGGGUCAGCAUCCGCAACGGAAAUAUAUCUGUCAACAACAUCGACGGUGACCUGGGACUAUCAGGGGACCACCACGACCCAGACCUUUUACUUCCCCAUCCCCGAUCCCGACCAGACGUACGGUGAGCCGUCGACUGCUGCGUACACCUUUGGGCCGGAGGGACCAGACGAGGAGUACUACCCAGAUGGCCCGUGGGUUGGCGUCAAGGGCACGCCUGCCGUCAUCCUCUUCAACAAGGGCACUGCCGAGACCAACAGCGCCGCCCCCAGCAGCAGCACCACCGGAGGGAGCACCGAUCCUGUCGAGGAGAGCGGUGCGUCGGCGAUGCGCUCUGCGGGCAUUUGGGGGGCUGCGGGAGGCGUGACGGCUGUCUGGACCGUCGCGGCUCUGGCUGGUGUCGGGCUGGUUGCUGCCCUGUAA